UGCCGCUGUUCUUCUUUCCAGAGUUUGGAGCGGAGGUGUGGGGGGGGGGGGAGCUUCGGAGAAAGGUCCGCGGCGGAAACGGAGGCUGGGACGGCGUUGCGUGCAAAAGGCAGGGAAAGGACCGAUGGCCUCGGAGUGGCCCCUCUAAAUCAGGCGCUUCCCACCUCCCUGGGUCCUCCCUGCGCCGUGCAGGGAAGUCGGGGAGCCCCUCGGAUUGUCAAAGAUGGGGAUUUUUUUCCCAUUUACGUCGGUGAACCCAGGUGAAGAUGAAAGGAAAGGCGCCCGGUAGCACUUUUGCCAUUUAUAACACAUUUCCUCACCUCGCAAAACUCGCAAGAUUCGUUUCUCUCGCCAGACAAGGAGUAGAGGAAACAAUGCAGGAUGGCGUUAGAAGCCAUGUGGAAAGAAAACCAGUGGCAGAAGGAAGACAAAGGAAGUGGCUCCAUUGGAAGGCUUCUGACUGGAGCAAAUCCAGAAGAAUCUGAGAAGGAAUCAGAGGUGCGGCUGGAGCAAAGGGGUGAAAGUCAUUGGCGGGAGUUCCUGGAAGCCAGUCAGAGCCUGAAUGGAAACAGCCCCAGCGGCCUCAGCUUCAAUCAGAGGAAGCUUUUAAUGUCCUGCAGAGCUCACUCCAGGGGUGAAAUGCUCCUGGUUCGGACCGGGUUGCCUGAUCCGCAAGUCCAGGUACUUUUCUCCAACUUGGAAAAGGAUGCGGGAGAAUCAAAGAAGAUGCAGCCACCUGGCAAAACUCAUCAAGAAGGAAACAGAAAGACCGCCGUUUCCAGUAUCGGACAAGGGAAGGCAACAUUGGCAAGAAGUAAUGAGUUGAAGAGUUUGGGUCAUUUGGAACUCCAUGAAGCUCUACAGGAGAAAGCCCAAAUUAAUUGUUUUCGAUUUCAUGAGAAGGAAGAGACACCUGGACAUCGGCAGAGAGGCAAAGCUAAUUUGGACUGUAAAUUAAGCCUGGUAGGAAAGCAGUCCCUAUUUUGGGAGGAAGGAAACAGUGGUUUGGAUGAAAACGCCAUUCAGCAGGGGAUUAGGCAGAUCUUUGAUCUCCUUGAGAAUCCCAGAAGGCCAGUGAUGCCGAAGCCCCACAGAUGCUCCUAUUGUGGGAAAAACACAAGCUGCAGAUCGCAGCUGAUUAUGCACGAGAGGAUCCACACUGGAGAAAAACCAUACAGGUGCUCCGAGUGUGGCAAAAGCUUUGGUCGAAACAGCUCUCUGGUGGUUCACCGAAGGACCCACACGGGAGAAAAGCCAUACAAGUGCUCUGAGUGUGGGAAGGUCUUUCGCUGCAGCUCCAACCUUUUUAUCCAUAAGAGGACCCACACCGGAGAGAAACCCUAUCAGUGCUGUCGGUGCGGCAAAAGGUUUGGCGAGCACACCACCCUCGUGAUUCAUAAGAGGACUCACACGGGAGAGAAACCGUUUGAAUGUCUGGAAUGCGGGAAAAGCUUCAAUACUAGUUCAAAUCUUACGAGUCAUGUGAAGUUGCACACAGGAGAGAAACCCCACAAAUGUUUGCAGUGUGGGAAAAGUUUCAGUCGGAAUUCCAACCUGGUGAUACACCAGAGGACUCACACGGGAGAGAAACCGUACGAGUGUCCCGAUUGUGGGAAAGGUUUCACAACUAGCUCAAAUCUAAUAAGUCAUGUCAGUUUACACACGGGCGAGAAGCCGUUCAGAUGCCCAAACUGUAGUCAGCGUUUCAGCCACAACUCCACUCUUAUUAAACACAAGAGGACUCAUACAGGAGAAAAGACCAUCAGCAUUCUGAUUGCAAGAAAAACUUGAUGAUCUCUCUGGGGAACUUCCAAGAGUUCACCAGGAUGCAAACCAUUGUUUGUUUCCAGCUUGCCUGGGUUACUUUCAGCCAAAGAGACAACUUUAUUAAACACAAGAGACUCAACCAGAAGAAAUGCUGAGUGCAAAAAUCAAUGAAUCAAUAAGUGAAAAUUAGGAUUUCAACAAGAAUUGAUUGAAAGUAAAGUAAGAAUCUGAAAAUAACAAUGCAGAAUAAAGAUAUUCCUAAGGCAUCAAAACUA